UGCAUUUCGAGCGGUGAGUGAGCGCCUCCAGUGCCGAACGCUGGCGAUUCGGUCGCGGACUUAAAAUCGAAACCCACCAAAAAACUACACAACAAAAAAAAAAAAAAAAACAAAACUACAAAAAAAAACGCACACACAACGAAUCGUUGCAAAUUUUUACAAACUCGAGAACAAAAUGCUGGCUGGAAAAAAAAAUUGUGUGAAAUUCUCAGAGAGCGACGACUGUGUGUAAGUGUGUGUGUGAGUGCAAUUAAAAAUUGCACUGUACUUGCUCUUGGCCUUUCCCGCGACUUGAGCGGAAAAACCAGCGCUCUCUGGGCCACCAUUUUCUUUUUUUUUUUGUUUUGCUGCCAUUCUGCCUUUCUGCUUCUAGCUCGCUCUCUGUUUUAACCAAUUUCGCUUUUAGCCUUUUUUUACCGGCUAGCUGAACAGGCCAUGAAUGAAGCACCCAUACUGAGGCAGCAGCAAAAAAAAAAUGAGCCGGCACUCGCUCUCUCUCACACUCUCUUUGAGUGACUUGCCCACACUGAAUGCACUUUCUGGCCGAGUGAAAAAGGGUGGUUCGGUGUGUGAGUGAGUGCAUCCGCUCGCCAAAGCAAAAAUGCAGCGGUCUGCUCAGCUGUGGCAGGCUGGCUUUAGCUUUAUUGUCCGUCGGCUCGAGCGGUUCGCUGAUUUGGAUUCGGAUUCUCGGUUCUCGAUUCUCGAUUCUCGGAUACUCGGAUUCUCCACUAUUCUCAGGCCCGAUUUGGGUUCGGAUCGGUGUGGUGUAAAAACGCGUCGUUCGCUGCUGCAGCGCUGUCGACGUCGCUGCCGGCGGCGCUCUUGCGUAUUAGUAACGUCUGUCUACUGGUGUUGUUGCUGUUAUUUGUUUGUUCUUGACGCUGGUCGCGGUGUGCGAAUUUUUUAUUUAUUUUCUACACACACCACAUUUACAUGCUUCCUCUUCCACAUAAAACAACAACACAAUAACAGAAGAGGGAAAAAUAUUUUACGUGCGUUUUUCUUAUGACACAAAAUUUUUUAGUUGACAUGCCAGACCACUAGAAAAAAUAAAAUGCUGAAAAUGCCAAAGUGCUGUGACAAACACAUAUAAAAGUAAUCAAAAAAAUACAAAAAAACAAAAACGCCAAAUAACCAUAAACAAAGUCAAACUUUUUAUACAACUAAAACAAAAACAGCAUACAUUUUUAAAAUAUUUCCAUAAAUGAGUUUGUAAAUAUUGGGACAGUCUGGCAAGAAAAGUACAGUUGCAAUUUAGCUUUAACGCCCUCAUUGCCCAAAAACCCAAAAACUAUGGCCGACUGUUCAUUUGCCAGAUGUGUGCAAGAGCGUAUGCUCAUCAAACGGGAGCUAUUGAAGUGGUCCAAGAAAACGCUGCACACUGUGGGCUUAGAACGCGUUGCUGAAGAAUUUAUGGGACGCAGGCAAUGGAAACAUUAUCAAGAGCAACUGACGCGCAGCCUCUUAAAUAUCGAGGAGCAACAGCCCAUAGCAAUAAUAACCGGUUCCGAGGACGAGCCACCGCAAUACAACCACAGAAACAGCAGCAAGGAGUUCAGCCAGAGCAGCAACCCCAACCACAGUAAAACAGAGAACCACCGUCUAGAAGAGCAGCACCACAACGGCAGCCUGCAGCUGGAAGAAGAUUUUGAGAACAACCAAACAUCACACGAUUCAUCACGUACAGCAACACCGGGAGCCACCUGGACAAGUACACCAUCACCACCGCCAGAACCCAACGAUUGGAGACCGUCGGCCAAGUGCAAUUUCUGUGUUAACGGUCGUCUGCUAACGGUCAACGCCCAGGGCGAAUUGGUGGCCGAAACAGCAGCAACAGCCACUAGUAGUAGCACUAGUAAUAGCCACAUUCAUCAGCACGACAGUGACAGCAACUCGAGCGCAUCACUGCCCCACCACAGCAGCAACAGCAGCAGUACCAACAACAACAGCAACAACAAUAGCAGUGGCAAUAGGGCUCGCCACAUUGCUGCUGCAAGAGCAUCAGCAACACCCACAGCGGCAACUUCCGCCAAUUCCCUCGAACUGUACAAACUGCUGACCCAGCGAGCAGCCAAAAUGACAUCGAUGGACUCAAUGGCCGCCCAGCUGGCGCAAUUCUCACUGCUGGCCGACUUCAAUCUGAUCAACUCGCUGGCUAGCCAGCAACAGCAGCAGCAACAACAGCAGCAACAGCAACAGAUCGCUAGUUCGGUAACGCCAACUACCUCAGAAGUAUCUGCAGCCGCAAUCAGUCCCGCACUCAAAGAUACACCCAGUCCCAGUGCCGAUGCACCGCUCGAUCUUAGCAGCAAGCCAUCGCCGAACUCAUCGAUUAGCGGCGAUGUGAAGUCCGUCAGAGCCUGUGCCACGCCCACGCCGUCGGGAAGGAGGGCGUACAGCGAGGAGGACCUGAACCGGGCGCUGCAGGACGUGGUGGCCAACAAACUGGGGCCGCGGAAGGCGGCCAGCCAGCACCAUGUGCCGCGCUCCAUUCUGGUCAACCGGCUGUUCAAGAUGCAGCACGACCUUGACCAGGAGCCGGAUGCCGAUGGCGAUGGCGAUGCUGAUAACGAUGCCGAGGAGCCCGAGGACUCCAACGAUGAUGGCGAGGCGGAGGUGGACAGCAAUGCCUCGACUCCGGCGCCGGCAUAUUCGCAACUGCGCAAGCUGAGCCACCUCUCCGAGCACAAUGGCAGCGAUCUGGGCGAGGAUCUGGACCGGGGAUCGCCGAAAAUGGGUCGCCAUGUGGGCAGCGCCAGUGGAAAUGCCGGCGGACUGCCCUCCAUACCGCUGGACGCCAAUGUCCUGCUGCACACUCUGAUGCUGGCUGCCGGAAUCGGAGCAAUGCCCAAGCUGGAUGAAACGCAGACGGUGGGCGAUCUGAUCAAGGGUCUGCUGGUGGCCAACAGUGGCGGGAUGAUGAACGAGGGUGUGCUCAAUCUACUGUCCGCCAGUCAGGAGGGCAGCAAUGGCAAUGCCUCAUUGCUGCUGCAACAGCAACACCAGCAGCAUCAGCAGCAGCAGCAACAUCACCAUCAACAGCAGCAACAUCAUGUUGCGGCCGCCUAUCGACAUCGCCUGCCCAAAUCGGAGACUCCGGAAACGAACUCCUCGCUGGAUGCCAACGAUGCCAGCGAGGAUCCCAUACUGAAGAUACCGUCCUUCAAGGUCAGUGGUCCGGCCAGCAGCAGCAGCCUGUCGCCGGUCGGGCCACUGGGUGGCCACCAGCACCAUCAUCCGCUGAACAACAACAACAACAACAACAACAAUAACAACAACAACAACAAUAGCCUCAGCCUGAGCAUCGGCAACAGCAACAACCACAGCAGCAGCAGCAGCAGCAGCAACAGUCACCGCAACGGCAGCAAUCGCAGUCCCCACUCCGCCUCGCCCAUGCUGGCAGCCGCCGUGGCCCAAGCCGGCUACUCCGGCGGCUCCACCUCGUCGAGCAUCCAGAUAAUGAUGGCCAGCAAUAUCCAGCGGCAGAUCAAGGAGCAGAGUGGCCAGGAUGGCCUCCGAAACGGCAAUGCCAGCGAUUGCAGCAGCAACAACGGUGCUGGCGGCGUCGGCGGCUCCUCCUCCUCAUCGCUGGGCUACAAGAAGCCCAGCAUUUCGGUGGCCAAGAUCAUAGGCGGCACCGACACCUCCCGCUUCGGGGCCUCACCCAAUCUGCUGUCGCAGCAGCACCACCCGGGCCACCAUCAUCUCAGCCACCAGCAGCAGCAGCAGUUGAGCGCCCAGGAGGCAGCUGCUCUGGCGGCGGGCAAGGGAACGCGCCCGAAGAGGGGCAAGUACCGCAACUACGACCGCGACAGUCUGGUGGAGGCGGUCAAGGCCGUGCAGCGUGGCGAAAUGUCGGUGCAUCGGGCGGGCAGCUACUACGGCGUACCGCACUCCACGCUGGAGUACAAGGUCAAAGAGCGGCACCUGAUGCGUCCGCGCAAGCGCGAGCCCAAGCCGCAGCCCGAUCUGGUGGGUCUGACGGGGCCGGCCAACAAGCUGCAGCUGGACAAGCUGAAGGCCGGUCCCCAUGGCGGCUCCAAGCUGAGCAAUGCCCUAAAGAACCAGAACAGUCAGGCGGCCGCAGCGGCGGCGGCAGCAGCAGCAGCAGCAGCGGCCGUUGCCCCGCCCAAUGGCCUGAAGCUGCCGCUGUACGAGGCCGGCGCCGCCCAGCAGUUGUCGCAGUUUCCGCCCAACAUGUUCUGGCCCCAGCCGAAUGCCGCCUCGAAUGCCUAUGGCCUGGACUUCAGCCGCCUUACGGAGGUCAUGCGCAAUGCCCCCAUCUCGGGCGGUCACCAUGGCCAGAUGAAGAGUGCCCUGGAGAUGGCGGAGAACAUGUACGACGGCAUCAUCCGCAAGACGCUGCAGUCGAACGAGGGCAAUGGCAGUGGCAGUGGCACUGGCUCAACGGGCAAUGGCAGUAGCAAUGGCAAUGGCCAUGCCCUGCUCGAUCAGUUGCUGGUGAAGAAGACCCCCUUGCCGUUUACCAAUCAUCGGAAUAAUGACUAUGCCGCCACCUGUUCGAGUGCCAGCGGGGAAAGUGUUAAGCGGUCGGGCAGUCCGCUGGGCAACUAUGCGGACAUCAAGCGGGAACGGCUGAGUGCCGACAGCAAUGCCAGCAGCGACGAGGAGCAGCAGCAACACCCACACCCGCAGGCACACCACCAUCUGCAUCACCACUCCAGCGGCAGUAGCCAUAUCAACAACAACAACAGCGAUCUGGCGCACAACAAGAACAAAAGUGGCAGUGGUGGUGGCAAUGGUCAGGCCAAUGGAAACGGCCGGAGCAGCAGGAUGACAUCGCGGGAUGACUCCGAAACGGACGCCAGCAGCUUGAAGAGCGGCGAAAGUGGCAAUGGCCAACACCAAAACCACAAAAUCAUGGAUCUCAAUGGCAGCAGCAGCAGCAGUCACAUCAAGUGCGAAACGGACACGGACACAGGAAUGGGAACGGGAACGGGAACGGGAGCGGACAUCGUCGGACACACAUCCAGCAUACUGCACGAAAAGCUGGCCCAGAAGAUCAAGGCCGAGCAGAUCGAUCAGAUUGAUCAGAUUGACCAUUCGGAGCAGUUAUAGGAGCCACCGUUGGCCACGAAUCCAGCGUUCGCCUGGCCACCGCUGGCCGCCCACUACUACAGCUUCUAGGGGGGAAAUCAAACACCAAAUUAAGCCACGUUUUUUGAUAGUACCAUACAAAACACUAUA